AUGACUGUCAAGGUCGCGCUUGUGACAGCAAGCUCAGCAGGGCUGGGCGCAGCCGCCGCCAAGGGACUCGCGCGUGCCGGGUUCGACAUUGUAGUCAACUACAACAGCAACAAAACAAAGGCUGACGCUAUCGUGACAGACAUUCUGAGGACGAACUCGAAUGACAAUUCGUGUGCUUGCGCAACAGAAGAUCCCCCUCGCAAGGCCCUUGCAGUCCAAGCCGACAUGUCUCGUCGAGAAGACAUUGACCGACUUGUUGACACAGUGGUGACUACGUUCGGUCGCCUGGAUUGCGUGGUGUCGAAUCAAGGCUGGACCAGGAUGCGGCAAUUUGACAACCUUGACGACAACAUUGACGAGGGAGACUGGGACAUAUGCUACAACAUGAACGUCAAGUCGCACCUAUAUCUGUUUCACGCGGCACGGCCACACCUAGCCAAGGUCAAAGGGUCAUUUACCAGUGUUGCAUCACUGGCCGGCGUCAUCCCCAGUGGCAGCUCCAUCCCAUACUCCGUCACGAAGGCCGCCCAGAUCCAUCUCAUCAAGGCGCUAUCCAAGGUUGCAGCACCGGAGGUUCGGGUAAAUUCUGUCUCUCCAGGAAUACUCCUCACGGACUGGGGCAAGAAGUUCCCCGAAACGAAAGUCGAAGCCGCCAUUCAGAAAAGCACGCUAAAACGAUUGGCGGAGAUUGAUGACGUUGUGCAGCAGAUUGUUCUGUUUGCCACUAAACAAUCCUACACCGGGCAGAAUGUAGUCAUUGAUGCAGGGUGGUCGUUGGGGUAG